GAGUCUGAUCCAGUCGCUUUUACGCACAGACCGGACAGUCCGCUUUCCACGCACGGAUAACAAGAGUGAGAGCGUGUAGUGGAUAGAAACAGAGAGAGAGAAGGAGAGAGAAGGAGAGAGAGAGAGAGAGAAAAUUAGGAAGAAGAGGAAAAAGUGAGAGGAAGAAGACGCAGGAAGACGCACAAGUGUUUUCCCAACUGGAAAGAGCGAGAAGAAGAAAAGUGUGUGAGUGUGUGUGAACGGCAGCGAGAGGAGAGAGUGUGUGUGUGCGCCUUCAUCACUCUCCGCUCCUUCACCCCGCCACCUCCUCCUCCUCCUCCUCCUCCUCCAUGUCGCUCCCCGGCUCCCCUCCGCUCCUCUCGCCGGGGUCUGGCGCCCCAACUCCGGCCGCGCUCUACCGCUCGGGCCCGGACGCGCUCCACACCUCGGUCGCCUCCACCGGCACCUCCAGCCCGGCGCACACCAACUCUCACUCGCACUCGCACUCCCUGUCGCCGUCCCCGCGGCUCACCAGCAGCAUGCUCAGCGCUUUCCUGCCCGGCUUGGGCAACGGCGGCGCCGCCCCGCUGGUGUCCGGAGGCGGCGCCGCUCUGGGACCUCUCGCCGGGCUCGGCUCGCUCAGCUCGGCCGGCCUGACCCCCGGCUCCCCCGGCUUGGCGCAGACCUCCUCCAACCCCGGACUUUGCAGCGAGUGCAAGCUGGUGGAGGUGCACGGCGUGAAGGUGGCCAGCUUCAGCGUGGACGGCCAGGAGCUCAUCUGCCUGCCGCAGGUGUUCGACCUCUUCCUGAAGCACCUGGUUGGCGGGCUGCACACCGUGUACACCAAGCUGAAGCGGCUGGACAUCAGCCCGGUGGUGUGCACCGUGGAGCAGGUGCGCGUCCUGCGGGGGCUCGGCGCCAUCCAGCCCGGCGUGAACCGCUGCAAGCUCAUCUCCAGGAAGGACUUCGAGACGCUGUACCAGGACUGCACCAGCGCCAGCUCUCGUCCGGGCCGUCCUCCGAAGCGUUGUUCUGGUGCAGGGAUCCAGGAAAGCCCCAGGCUGCUGCACCCGGGCCUCCCCGGCCUGCUGUCCCCCAACCUGCUGUCACACACCGGCCUGACAGCAGCAGCCAUGGCCGAGCUCCAGAAGCUGCAGAAGAUGAAAAUGAUGAUGAGUCUCCAGAACGGCAACGAGUCGGACAACGACGACCUGCACUCCAACACAGGAGGCAGCGAGUGUUCCUGGGAUAAAGAGCGACUGACCAGCCCUCCUGCCGGACCUCACAGCGGAGGACCAGGAGGAGGUGGUGCAGGAGCACCAGGAGGAGCAGCAGCUGGAGGUGGAGGAGGUGGAGGAGGUGGAGGAGGAGGAGGAGGAGGCGGGAGGGGGCCGGCCAUCGGAGCUGUCAAUCAACAACAACUCCAGCAGCAACAGCAGCUUCUGGCCAACAGGCUGGACCUGCCCUUCAUGAUGAUGCCCCACCCUCUGCUGCCCAUGGGGCUGCCUCCCGCCUCCGUAGCCAUGGCGAUGUCCCAGAUGAACCACCUGAACACCAUCGCCAACAUGGCCGCCGCAGCCCAGCAGAUACACACUCACGUACACCGCGCACCUGUCAUCAAGGAGAGAGUGUGUGACAGUCCUUCUCUCUCUCCAUCUGUUGACGAGGCCAACACUCCUCUGCAGUCGCAGCCCAGCAGCUCGGCCUCCAGCUCGCCCGAAAGACUCGGACUGGUGUCAGCUGAUGCAGAUGUUGCGCUGCCCAACCCGGCUGCACCCAUCAAGAAAAUAACAAAGGACAAAGAUGAGUCUCCGCUGGGACAAGCCCUGCCCCCUGGCUUCCCUGCUCCGUUCCUAUUCGCUGACGGCCUGUCGUCAGUGGAGACCCUGCUCACCAACAUACAGGGCCUGCUGAAGGUGGCGGUGGAGAACGCACGGGUGCAGGACAAACAGAUCCAGGCGGAGAAGAGAGAGCUGAAGAUGGAGCUGUAUCGAGAACGAGAGAUGAGGGAGAGUCUGGAGCGACAGCUCACCUCCGAACUACAGAGCAGAGCCUCCAUCCAGAAGCGCCUGAAGAAGGAGAAGAAGGCCAAGAGGAAGCUGCAGGAGGCGCUGGAGUUCGAGUCCAAGAGGAGGGAGCGGGUGGAGGACGCUCUCAAACACUCGUCCUCGUCCUCCCCCUCUCCUGAGCCGCUGCACGCCGCCAACAACAACACCAAGAACGACGCUGCUGUAGCCGAGGAUAAACCCGAACUUAAUGGAAACCAGCAAGACAACGGCGCUGUACAAGAAUCCCGGGCGUUCCUGAAGACCCCCAUGAUGUUCUAGAAAAGAGGGACUCCGCCUCCUGAAGCCCCGCCCCCUCCCACCUUCCCCCCGCCCCCGUCCUGCACAGAAGAACUCCACCAGCCCGUUUCCACAGCAAUCACAACGAAACAAUGAGACUACUCGGAGACUCGUACCCCCCACCAUCAUCUGGACUCACUGUGGGGGGUCGUCGUCCUCUCUCUACUUCUUUCUUCUAUUUCUUCUUUUUAGACAAACUUCACUCCAUUCAUUCCUCUUUUUCUCUCCCUGCACCGGGAACUCCUCCCAUCCCUCGACUGUUUCAAGAACCUGAACGAUAUAAAACCAUUCCCGAGAAGGGGGGAAAGUCACCGCGAAGCAAAAGGGACCAGAUUUGGAAACUUGUUUGGACUUCCUGCGGGAACAAAGGAUCGAUCUGAUUGGAUGAAAUUUACUUCAAGACUUGUUGAACGGUCCGAUGACACGAUGGCGAGAUGAUGAUGAUGAUGAUGAUGAUGUUGAAGAGACUACACGUUCUUAUUUACGGGAGGAAAAAAAAAAAGAAAAGAAGUUUUAAACCCCGCCCCCUCUGGAUUUGACGUGAGUUCAGUCAUGGCUGUCGGUCAACACCCUCUCUGAUUGGACGGUAAUCAGCUGAUCGGAGGAGCUCAGGACUGGAGGACGAGGGGUUUAGAAAAAAAAAAGAAGAAGAAGAAGAAGUGGACAAAAAUAUUGGAAAGGGAGAAAAAAAAAACUGAAGAGGAAAACAACUUGGGAGGCUAUUUCUGUCUCUCGUGUUACAUCCAUUUUUGUUUUCCGUACAGGGACUGAAAAAAAAUGCAUGGGAAAACUUUUCUUAUGUUGUCAUUUGGCUUAUUUUAUCCUCCGUACACUCCAAGUCUCUUUCUUCAUCCUCCCCUUCUUCUCCUUCUUCCUCAGUUUUCUUUCUCUUUUCUAUAAAUCAGCUCCUCUCCCUCUUAUAUCUUCUCCCUUUACUUCUUCUACGACUUUGUUUUUCUCUCUCUCUCUCUCUCUUUCUGUAAGGAGGCAUUAUUCUGAAAAUGUUGGAUGCAGCUUUUCAAUGUAUGAAGUAUUUUCUAUCACCCUUAACCUGUGAAAUCAGUUUCUCAAAAUGAUGCAAAAGUACAAAAAAAAACCUACAAAAAAAAAAAAACAACCUUUUUUUAUUACAACGGGAGUGAUUUUUAGACACGAUAUUAUAUCCUAAAAAAAAAAAAGGUACGUUGAAUUCUCUUCCUCGUCUUUGGACCUUUUCACCUUUUGACCCCUGUUCCCCCGUGACCAGGAAGUAGUAGUCGAGUUUCUCGGGUUUGUAAACGUAAAAGACGAGGGGCGCUUGAUUUGUCUGUUUUUAAACUGACCCCUUGAUGUAAACUUUCCAAAAUAAUUUAAACUUUGAUUCCUUUUGUUUUGGUUGAACUUGUUAACUUACGAACCCCCGACA